CAGGAGGAUUAAUGACAACACAGUCAGCCGCGCUGUCAUGGACGGGUGGGUGAUCGUUGAUAAACGUCAAUUCUGUAAUAAAAUCAGGCGCCAUAUAUCGAGUAAUUGAAUUAAACUAAAAAUGGCCACUCAGGAGGCUUCUAGCGUUGAUGACGUUAUUGCUGAGCCAGGUAUCGAGCCUGGGGCUUCAGCUGAAACAAUGUUAGUAACAACAGAUAGUUUCGAGGAGUACGAACAGGAGAUGAGCAGCAGCAUAGAUGAUAGGCAAAUGAAAGAGAGUACAACUAGUACAAUAUCUGAACUGCAAGAAGAUGUUCGUGAUAUUCCAACAACCCCUAAUGCAGCUACCCCCACAGACCCAAAACCAUCCACGACGACUGUUGACGAAACAGAGAUCGAUGAUGGCACUCAGCAGCUCAGCCUGAACAGCUUAGACAUCGAUCCCCUGCGAAACAAAGCAUGGCUGGCACAAAAAAAGCAUAUCUUCAUACUGAGUCAAGCUGGAAAGCCCAUUUAUUCAAGACACAGUUCUGAAGACAAGCUGGUUACGCUUAUGGGAGUCAUGCAGGCCCUUGUCUCGUUUGUACAAGCUGGAAAUGAUAUGAUCAGAUCUGUGCAUGCUGGUGACACAAAUUUUGUAUUUGUUGUCAAAGGACCCUUGAUUUUAGUUACUGUAUCUAAGACCCUCGAAAGUGUACCACAACUAGUCUUGCAAUUAACAUAUGUUUAUAACCAGAUAGUAUCUGUCCUGACUCAAUCACAACUUACCAGGGUCUAUGAUCAGAGGAGAAACUUUGAUUUACGCAGAUUGUUAACUGGUAGUGAAAGAUUAAUCGAUCAUUUGCUGAACUUUAUGGACAGGGAACCAGCUUUUUUUUUAGGCGCUAUCAAAUGCUUACCUUUGCUCCCAUCUAUGAGAGAUUCUAUUACCCAAACGAUUGUUCAAACUUGUGGUAAAAUCAAAAAUUUGGUCUUUGCAAUUCUGCUGGCCAACAAUCAACUUGUAACUUUGGUGAGAAUGAAAAAAUAUUUUAUACACCCAGCGGACCUACACCUAAUUCAGAAUUUAGUUGACAGUUCAGAGUCGUUCAAAACGGUGGAAAGUUGGACACCGAUCUGUUUACCAAAGUUUGAUUCUAACGGUUUCAUGCACGGCCAUGUCUCGUACCUGGCAGAAGAUUGCCAAGCCUGUUUGUUGUUACUCACAGUAGAGAGGGACGUAUUUUACACUCUUUCAGAAGCUAAACAAAAAAUAGUAGAAAAACUGCGAAGAACAAAUUGCUUGGAAGCAAUUAAUGAAUCUAUGAACAAGACAUCCGUAACUACUGCAGAAAUUGGUCUACCAGAGAUGCGACAUGUCUUGUACAAAUGUAGAAGUACUGCUCAGUUCUGGAGCCCUGGAUUUCAGCCGCCAUAUACAACAGACGAAGAGAUCGAAAGAUUACUGGGGCUUUACCAAUGCCUUCAUCAUAGAUUGCACGCUCCGAAUCGGCCGUUGAAGUUAAUAUUCCAGCAGCUAGAUAAGGAAACAAUGCUGGCUUGGGUGACGUCUGGCUUUGAACUGUACGUGACUUUCGAACCUCUGGUAACAAAGCCAGACGCAAUAAAUUCCGUAAGUAAAUUACUAAAGUGGAUAAAAAAAGAGGAAGAGAGAUUGUUUAUACUAAAUUCGCCAACAUUCUAGCAAUCAUUGAAAUACUUGAUCAAAUCAAAAUAUUUUCACAUGCCUCAGCUGUGGCACCACAGCAAUUGUGUUUGUCAGGAAUUUUUUUAUAGAUGUCGAUUUUUUUUAUCGCAGUAGACCUCUGAAUUCUAUAAAUUGUAUAAAUUGUGAUAUGAGGAAUGUACAUCAAUGAUGGUCUUUCAUAUUGUGUCAGCGAGUAUGAGAGCUCGUAGAAAAUUUGUUGGGAUACGAAAGCUUCGUAAGUAACGUCAUAUUGAUAGAACUUGACUGCUGAUUUUUUCUCACUUGCAUAUACCUACCAUACAUUUUCUGUAAAUAAAUAAUGCUCAACAAAAUAAAACUGUCACCCCGAGAAGAUCGAACCAUCUCAGGGCGAUCUUUGAACUUUUCUCUGAUCAUGGACAUUAUUUACUAUCGAAAAUUUACCAUUACGCUAACGCGUUUGGAACUUUUCUGUAUACGCUGCGCUUGAAUGCAGUGAUCGCGGUGCUCUGUAAUAUUUAUUCUGAUAGUGUUCGAAUAGUCAAAUACUCAACUUUCCCAAUAAAUUCAGUAUCAGUGUGAUGCGAGUACAUUCACAUUAUACUUAAAUACAAUGUACAGAUAUGCUACUGUGUAGCGUUAUUAUAUCAAAAAAAAAAAAAUCUGAUGUUAUCAAACUGUAUUUAAUCAAUCAUUACUUACCACUUAAUUGGUCAGUGAAUACUUGAACCAAGUAAGUAUAUCCAAUAAAAUACAAAGAAAAUUA